AUGCUUGGAAGACGUUUGUUUCUUGUCGCUAUGGCGGCAUUGUCUAGUGCCUCCUACAUUGUUAGACCUAGACCUGACCCCGAUACCUACCGCUACCUGCAUAAUGAGGAAGGUCCCUUACCCAAACCUGAACUGGACGACUCCAGAAUUGUCAGAGCCCUCACAGUUCCGUAUGUUCCAGUCCAGGAUCCUACACCUGUCAUAGUACCUGAUCCUACAUGGAACAAGGAGUAUACAUUUUCAUGGUAUAGACCUCGUCAAACUGCUGCUCCUGAAUGGUCUACACGCCUUCGUCAACCCGCGGCUUCUACCACGAUGACGGACGAGCCUGCCUUGCCUCUCAAGAUGACCGAAGAAAGUGUGAGUAUCCCAACUACAGUCAUCAUUACCAAGCCUACUGGCCCUCCUAUUUGGCGGACUCUACCAAACCCUGAUGAAAGUGUUCCCGUACCUUGGACUACUACAUCUACAACCCUUUCAGAGCCAACUCUGACCUCGUUGACUGUUCCAGAGUCGACGGCAGUUAUAGAGCCAACUGCAAGCCUUGAUCCGACUGCAACUCUGGAGCCAACUGAAACUUUGGUACCAAAGGGAGAGUCUAGGGACGCGUCAGGGCCUAUCAUCGCUGGCAUCAUAGGAGGAAUCGUUUUCGUGGGUAUACUCAUACUCUUGGCCUGGUUACUCUACAGACGUUGUAAGAGAAACCAAGCCAACAAAAGGCCAACUAUCGCCCAUCCUUUCAGGAGAAACCUACCUCCGGUCCCUGCACCUCCAACUCCUGCGCCUCAAGCGAUGCACCGUCAAAGCCGGUCAUAUUUCCUUCCCGAUACCCCCUCAGACCGUCAGUCGUCGUUCACUAGGGAAUGGACAGGCGCCUUGCGAGCUUGGAUGAGGGUACCUGGACGCAGUCGCCAAGGCGACAGCACGAGUGUGGUUAGUCGACCGGCGAAUGUGUACACUGGUCGACCUGUUGGUAUUCCACCCCCUGCGAUGACUGCAAGCACUCGGCCUGGUGGGAACCCAGACUUUCCACCGAUGACAACACUCAGGCCUCAACAUAUCAGCGACUGGUCUCCUGCGUCGCCAGUUGCUCGUAGACCUGUUCCUUCGGUGGGAACCACUCCUCGGCCUGCUGCAAGUUCAUACCUUGCGCCAAGCCCAUAUACGACCCAGUCUGGUAGAAAUUGGCGCCCCUCUCAGUAUAGUGAGAGUGUAUACAGCCAGCCGGGUCCGGGAGUGAGGCCAGAUAGUGGACGUCCGCUUGGUGGUAAUUGGCUUUGA